UGGACACAUUAGCAGCCAAUGCUUUUAGAUCCCAGUCGCCUUGCUUUGCCAAGGCGGUUAGAGGUCAUUUGGGAAGGGUUUCGCCUCGAAUUGUUCUCAUUCAGAAGGCCGUCUCGCUCCUUCUGUGGUGCUUUGGAAAUUUGCGCCCUCCUCUGGUGCCGGUUCAGGUGCCCUGAAAGAGCUGGGGGAGGGCGCAGGUGCUCCAGGGAGGUGGGGCGGUGAAGGCGCCCGGGUGGUGAACCCAAAGAUCGAACCUGCAGACCCAGCGCAAAGUAGAAACUGAAAGUACAUUGCCGGCCGAUCCUACGGAAGUUAUGGGAAAGGCAAAGCGCAGAGCCGGGCCGUGGUGUGUGCCGCCCCCCUUGGGAUGCAUGAAGCAGCAGGCGCGGCGUGGGUGAAAGGAACGAGCCGCAGAGACCGCCCUACCCGGCACGGACUCCCGGCAACUGCGCGGAAGCCCAGGGUCCUGGCGGCGACUAUGGGCGGUGAGAGCUUGCUCCUGCUGCAGUUGCGGUCAUCAUGACCACGCCCGCCUCCCGCAGACCAUGUUCCAUGUUUCUUUUAGGUAUAUCUUUGGAAUUCCUCCCCUGAUCCUUGUUCUGUUGCCAGUAGCUUCAUCUGAUUGCGAUAUUGAAGGUAAAGACGGAAGAGAAUACCAGCACAUUCUAAUGAUCAGCAUCAAUGAUUUGGACACCAUGAUAAAAAAUCGUACCAAUUGCCCGAAUAAUGAACCUAACGUUUUAAAAAAACAUGCAUGUGAUGAUAAUAAGGAAGCUGCGUUUUUAUAUCGUGCUGCUCACAAGUUGAAGCACUUUGUCAAAGCGAAUAACAGUGAGGAUUUCAAUCUCCACUUAUCAAGAGUUUCACAGGGCACAUUACAUUUGUUGAACUGUACCCCCAAGGAAGACAGCAAAUCUUUAAAGGAACAGAGAAAACAGAAGAGCUUGUGUUUCCUAGGGAUACUACUACAAAAAAUAAAAACUUGUUGGAAUAAAAUUUUGAGGGGCUCUAAAGAACACUGAAAAAUAUGCAGUGGCAAUAUAAAGACAUAUGAACUUUAUUUGUAUCUUCCAAGAAGCUAUCUGCUCAUACAAUUUUGGGGAUAGAAUACCCUAGAAGUUACAGAAUGCCUCCUGGUAAAAGUGGAUUACAGCAGUUGAGAAAUUCAUAUCAUAGAACUAGAACUAAAUGGACUUAAACAGUGGAAACCAAAUGCUGCAAUCAACAAACAUUUUAUAUAUUUUUGGACAUAAUCGAUCAGUAUUAAUUCUGUGAUUUUUGUAAGAUAAUUCAUGUAAACUACUAGUUGCAAUAAUACUUUUUAAACCUGUUUUAAAACUUCAGAAGAAAACAAAUCUGUGAAGUAUAUAAAGGUUGCAAGGAUUAAAAAUUAACACUGCUUUAUUAUCAAAAUAAUUUUAUGCAUCAGCAUAGUAUAAUGAGAGUGGAAAUUGUCUCUGUGCUGGAAAUGUUUCAGCAUUAACAGUGAGCUGUGGGUAAUGUCCAUGAGAGGAGGAGUCAAAUGCCUUAAAGAAGUAGCAGUAUGGAGUACAAGAGACAUGAGAGAGGGAUUAAGACAUGUAAUUACACACAAAUGUAUAACACAGUGCCUUCACUAGAUGGUAUAGCCAAUGUUUUAAGAUGACCAUAAAGAAUAAUUUCACAAAAUAGAAAGUCACCUGUUAUAAGGAUGCUAAACCAUAACACUGAGUUACUUUCAUCAUUUACGUGUGACAAAAUUUAUCUAAAUAAGUUCGCAAUGUGUGAAGUAUAUUUUUAACAGAAUAAUAUAUGUUGACCUUUUAAUUAAUGAAAUGUGUGUAUUUAAUUUUGACACUAUAUCUGUAUUAUAUAAAACAUAUUUUCAUACAGUAUUACAAAUUGCUUAGUUUGGGCAACAUUUCUCCUUUGAUAAUAAAUGGCCUAUGUAAUAACACUGUCCGAUUCACUUAAUGAAUUUCUAAGACAAGAUUUUAAUACUGUACCACUGUUUGAUCCCUCACUGUCAUUGAAUAUGUGACUUUUAAUACCUUGUAACUCAAAAUGUACAUGAAACCAGGACCCCAAGACGACAUAAAAACAGGAAGUUUACUUUCUAUGUUAAAUUUUAGUCUCUUAAAAGAAACUUCUGUAUAUACCACAUCCAGUUUAGAAAAGUCUGCCAAUAGUCUCGCUUACUUAUAAAGGGAAAUGAAAACCCUAGUCUAGACAGGCCCGAGUCCUUCAACAGCCACCAGUUUGCUUAACUCACAUCCUUCCUGCUCUUUCAUGCUUUCAUUACCAGCUGGGAAAGUGCCUACUGGCUUUACCUGAGCUUCAGUUGACGCGCUGGUGCCAGUGUGUGGUGGUAAGAGCUUCCCCUCAGUUCAGGUUCAUGCCCCUGCCUCUCUUUCUCACUCUCCCUAAAUCCGAUGGCGUCUCACCCUCACUGGUGUGGACAGCUGUGCCGAACUGUACAGACAGUUGUACAGAAUUCACCAACUGCUCCAUUAAUAUGGCUUUGAAUCAAGUAUGUUUUCUGUUUAGUUUUCAUGAUCAACUCCAGAAAGGGGAGCUAACAAUUUUAGGAGCAAAGAGAAAGGAAGCUCUUUCUUCAGGUGGACUUUUCCAAGUAAGCUAUGCUUCCUUCCACCAUAAAACACGGUCAGCUGUGUGGUACAGCUUCACCCUGAUGAACUGGUACUGCCAGUAAACCAUCAGCUGUAGAAAUGAGGGAAUUUUAAGUUCUAAAGGUAAACUCUUCAAACUGUCCUUGAAAGUGUUCCUUGAAGCCUGUCUAAAAUAUCCCUAACAAGUGUUGAAAAGAAUUCUGAGAUUAUGGCAAAAUAAAGAACAAUAUUUUUAAAUGCUUGCAA